AUGACUGGAAUAAACUGGAUGCAAAAGUGGCGAAGUGUGCGGUGUAUACUUGAAAGAGAAGGGCCCUUUCAGCGUGCUGAGUUUGAGCCAUCAGCCGAAUUACUUAAAAUGGUUCAAGAGCACGUGAGACUCCUGGUGAUUGGAGCUGGUGGUCUCGGUUGUGAGUUGCUCAAAGACUUGGCUCUGAUGGGUUUCACUCAGAUCGAUGUGAUCGAUAUGGAUACAAUCGAUCUCUCCAACCUCAAUCGCCAGUUUCUAUUUCGAUCGAGUGAUAUAGGAAGACCAAAGGCUGAAGUCGCGUCUGAGUAUAUUAUGCGUCGCGUGCCGUCUUGCAAAGUUACUCCACAUCACAAACAGAUCCAGGAUUUCGGUGAGGAAUUCUACCGUCAGUUCAACGUCGUUGUUUGCGGCUUAGACUCGGUAGUGGCCAGAAGAUGGAUAAAUGCCAUGUUGGCUAGUAUGGUCGUGUACACCGAAGAUGGGACACCAGACCCCAACACAGUGAUUCCCCUUGUGGAUGGGGGAACAGAAGGCUUCAAAGGUCAUGUCUUGGUAGUGCUUUAUGGUUUGACCGGGUGUUUGGAAUGUACUCUGGAUCUGUAUCCACCGCAGGUAAACUUCCCACUGUGCACCAUUGCUCACACACCGCGACUGCCGGAACACUGCGUAGAAUAUGUGCGUCUACUCCAGUGGUCUAAAGAAAAUCCUUUUGGAGAAAACGUUUCGAUUGACGGUGAUUCUCCGGAACACAUUCAGUGGAUUUAUGACCAGUCUCUCAAGCGCGCGCUGCAGUUUGGUAUACAAGGCAUAACGCUUCGUCUUGUUCAGGGAGUUGUGAAGCGCAUUAUCCCAGCAGUGGCCUCCACGAACGCCGUGAUCGCUGCGGCAUGCGCGACUGAAGUCUUCAAGUUGGUGACGUUCUGUUACGACUAUUUGAAUAACUACAUGAACUUCAGCGAUUUGGACGGGAUUUACACUUAUAGUUUUGCUGUAGAACGAAAGGCAGACUGUAUGGCAUGUAACAACGUCCCGAAAGAUCUCCACUUCACCUCGAAGGAUACUCUUCGAGACCUGGUGGAAUUUCUCAAAACAAGCACCCAGUACCAAAUGCGAUCUCCCAGUGUGACCACAGUUGCCAACGGCACAAACAAAUCGCUGUUCAUUGAUCUCCCCGAUUUCGAAUCGGCCCUGAGACCAAAUUUAUCAAAAACAUUGGCAGGUAUUCAACCCAGUUUGCGCACCACUGACAAACAAGUGAUCGCCAACCUGGUCAGAGAAGUCGAACAAAACCAAAUUCCAGAACAACAGAUCACGAAGAGACUGGACCUUACCGUGCCAGAACAACCACGAAGAGACUGGACCUUACCGUGGUGUGACGUGGUGUUUGCGCACCUCAGCGAUCCAUUGAGCUAUACUGGAGAGUGUGUGUCCACACUCACAGUCUCUGUUGACCAGCACUUCUCUCACAUCAGUUUCCAGUUUCGUAUUACGGCCAGCAGACUCAGAGCUCUGUUCAAAACACGACAACCAAAUGGUUCCAUCGUACCUUUGCGGUUGCUCAGUCACAGACGCUCUCGACGUCCCAUCGAUCUUGUCACCUUAGCCCACGAACCAUACGCAAAAGAUCCUUGCUGGAUUCCGGCCAUUCCGCCACCUCCCGAAGACGCAACCGACUCGGAGACGGCGAUCCCGUGGAGUCAAUUUCGCAGUCAGACUACUCGAAUUAUUGACGUCCGCAGUCCCUCGGAGUUUGGUAGAGAUCAUAUUCAUGGGGCCAUCAAUCUUCCGGUUCUUGACGAUCAUGAGCACGCCCUCGUCGGACGACGUUACGCAGAAGGUAACAUCUUACAAUCCCGAUUCAUCGGGGCAUCCCUCAUAUGCGCCAACCUCAGCAAAAUUUUGAACCAGAUGGCCUUCGACGAGACCGUUGUGGCUCUUGGGAAACAGAAGAGCGAAAUGCAUUCUGCUCCAAGUGUCCUGGUCUAUUGCCUGCGUGGUGGACAGAGAUCCAAUUCGGUGGCCACACUUUUAAGCGAAAUUGGUUGGCCCGGUCGGAUUGGUUUGCUUCUCGGUGGGUUUCACUCAUGGCGUCGUCUAUUGCUACGUCAGCUCGAUGCCUGGCCCCGUUGGCGAAUGCCCGGUCAGUUUUGGAUAAUUGCCGGUCUUACAGGGUCCGGAAAGUCAUUGGUUCUUUCCGAACUGUCCAGAGUGAACGAGACUGUGCUAGAUUUGGAAGAAUUAGCUGAGCACAAAGGUUCCAUUUUUGGGACCUUGGAAACCACAAACUCCUCCACGCGGUCCCUCAUUUCACAGUGUCAGUUCGAAACACGAUUGCACAAUUGGUUUAUGACACAGCAAUGUACAUCAACAGCAUUCUCUCCGGUUUGGCUGGAGUGCGAGUCUCGAUCGGUUGGACCACUUUGUCGUCUCUCCGAUGGAUUAUGGCAACGACUGAGGUCCACCAACCCUGAUGUCGGUACACACCGAGUGUGGCUUGAUGUUCCCGAGGACGCCCGCAUAGCCUGGAUAAUCGAGUGUUAUUCGGAAUCCGCAACAGAUCUCACAAGGCUGGACCAAGUUCUUAUGAAAUUAUCCAGCUACCAUUCCUCCAAACGGUUGGCCGAAUGGCGACAAGCCAUAGAGCGUGGGGACUUGUCAAGCCUCGUGGCCAGUCUGCUCAGACAUCAUUACGACCCGCUGUACCAAAAAAGCCGCAAACAACUCAUGCAUGACGCGGAACAGCAUGGACUAGCUCACCGUCUUUCUUUGUCUUCCGUGGACCGAAGCACUGUUCGAUCGAGCAUAAUCCCGGUACUACUAGAUCUUGCAGAGUCCUACAACACCUCCCCCUCUAGACUGAGAAAUCGCUGUACAGCACAAUCGUAGCUUAAUUUUGUACAAACCAUACUCUACCAAUAGAUUUCCUCCUUCAUAU